AUGUUAGCUGCAUUUUUGGUCUUUUUUGCAAGAUCAAAAAUGAAAUUCCCUGAUAUUAUGAUGCACGAUGGAGCAGAUGAAUUGGGAAUCAAGCAUAUCAAGAAUAUUCGAAAAAUUAUCAACAAUAAAUGGGGAAUAAAUUACAAAAAAGAAUUUCUCAGAGCAUUCAACGAUGAUUACGAGGUUAACUAUGAAAUCAUUGCUAAUUUAUCGAAGCUUAAAUUCCCUCCUGCGUUAUAUGUUCUUGGAGAGAUGUAUUUAUACGGUAUAGAACCUGUUACUAUGAACAUUUCAAAAGCUUAUGAACUAUACAGUGAAGCUGCAAAGCUUGAUUUCCCUCAAGCUUAUGCACCAAUGGCAUUUAUCAAAAAAUUUGGACUUGAAGAGAAUUCUCAGCCAAAUAAAGUGUUUACAGAAAUUUCUGAUCAAUUGGGUAUACAUUUUAAUUCAUUUGAGUCUAUAUUUUCUGUAUAUUUUGAUUAUAUGAAUUUAUUCAAGAAAUAUGGCCGUAAUUUCCAUGAACAUGAAGCCAUCCUCUUAAAGGACUAUGUUCUUAACUUCCACGAGCAUUAUGUCAAUCCCACUUUUACAAAUUCAGGAUUUGACACAAAACUCGCUGAAAUCAAAUCACAAAAGAGACUCAACAAGUACAAAGCCAAAUACAAUGCAGAGCAAUCCCACCAGCAGCUCGCCAUGUCAUAUUUCAACGGAGAUUCCGGAUGCAAGAAAAAUUACACCAAAGCAGCUGAAUACGCCAGGAAACUAGGCGAGAACCAUACGCUUUACAAGACUGUCAGAGGUUUCGAGCUCUUAUCCAAAGGAGAUCCGAAGCAAGGUCGAAUGACUUUUAUUGACGGCUACCAAGCCAACGACCAGUUCUCUAAAUACUGCAACGCCGGUGCCUCUUACACCUACAAUGAUUUGGAUGACGUAUUUAAUAAAGAUCAAGGAAAAAUUUACAGUCUUGAGAAAAUCGAGAUUUACUUGAACAAUGUCAAGUCAGCAAACGAAAAAAUCUUCUCAGAUAUCAUGCUUUCCCUUGCUAAUACCCUUCCAAGUCUCGCCAGGACCAUGCUUGUGUACAGAUUUACAAUUUUGCCAACAAAAUACAAUAUGCCAGACCUUGCUGUUAAGGCAGGAAUGCAGCUAUGGGAUGAAGUCAAUCCCAACAUUCCGAACCAAAAUAUCGCCCUUGAAUGGUAUAAUGAAGGAAAAGCUGACUCCGCGAUCAUAUUGUUUAUGAGAAUCGCAAACUCAGGAUCAGCAAAUGCAGCUUCAAUUGCUUCCAAGCUCCUUUUGAACAAAAAUUUACCUGGCAAAGACCGAAAUUACACUUUAAAGACAGCUUCCAGGUUGCAUAGAUUUGCUGUAGCUGUUAAUGAUAAGUAUAGCAAGGACAAUGAGCUUUUUGAAUUGGCCAAAAAAUAUAAUUUGUCAAUUCAAAUGACAGAAGACGAAACAUUCAACAAAGUCCACUUGAGUUACGCUAAGAUAUCAAAGGUCGAUAAUCCUUACGACUUAGUUGUUUGGAAACUCGAAGGAAAUAUGAGAACCAAAUUAUUAAGUCUUCUUGUGAACAUGAAAGCCUUGUAUUUGGUAUUCCCGAACUUGGUUAAGACAACUAAACUCGUUCUCCUUUUGUUCCGUCAACUCAAGAUUUAUUCAGUGAUUAUUUUGAUCCUUUUGUGCUGGAGAAUCCAUUGGAUAGUCUUCUCUUUCUUGACAGAGAAAAGAAAAGCAUUGGAACUCGAACAAGCCAAGGAAGAGCAAAAUAAUUCAAAUUGA